GGACUGGGGCAUAUUCGGGAAAUCGGACCGAAAGUGUGGCGGAGAAUUAAAAAGUCCGCCACGCGAGAGCCACGAGAGCCGAUGACCACGAGAUCUGUCAAAACAACCACGACCACGCGAGCGAAGCAAUCCGAGCUAUUGGUAGUCUGUCAGCAACAUAAAUCAUUUACCACCUCCUUAACUUUUUAUCUACUCCUUGUUUUCCGCCAUCGCCAUCAAGUGCAGCUAGUUCAUGCUUGAUAACGAAGAAUAUUCUCAUGGGCGCCGAAGAAGCGUCGACGUUGGCGGUUUGGCGCUUGCACUCGAAAACCAAGGCUUAGGUCAUGGGUGGGGUGGAUGGGAAGAGGAUGAGCAAGGCGAGACUCGCUAUGCCGAACUACUUAGCGAUAUGUACAACCACACCCAAACUACUGUCAGCCACCAUGUACAUGACAUCUCUCCAAUCGUGAUACCUGCCCACACGCGAGCGCACCUAAUCAAUUCCCUUGAUAGCUGGCAUUUCGAACCGCAGAACCUACCUGAGGAGGAAGUCCUCUUCUGCGCACAAAUUUUGUUUGAAAGCCUGUUUCGAAUUGAGCUCAUGCGAGAGGAUAUAGGUGUCUCCCUCGAUGAUAUCUCCGUGUUCUUGAAACAUCUGCAGCCCCUAUACUGUGGACAUAACAGUUAUCAUAAUUUUCAGCAUGCUGUAGAUGUAAUGCAGGCCUCCCAAGCCUUCCUGUGUGCGGCAGGUGUCGUACCUCCUGUAUCUGUAUUGUUGGAUAGUGACGACUGCACCUGGAGACCAAACAAACUGGGAAAGGAAGGACGUCUCGCAUUCGAUCUCAACAACACAUGUCUUUUCGCUCUGUUUAUUGCUGCCAUUGGACAUGAUGUGGGUCAUCCUGGGUUGACGAAUAUGUUCAUGAAAAAUGCGAAGGCGCCCUUAUCUGAUGUGUAUGAUAACAAGUCAGCUCUUGAACAGAUGCAUUGUGCCCUCCUUAUACAAGCAAUGCGACACCAUGGCCUUGGGAAAAUCUUGGAUCGACCAGACUCUGGUUUCCGGAAAAUGCUUGCUGGUAUCGUACUGGCUACGGAUAUGAGUGUCCACUAUCAAUUUAUAAGAGAUUUUCAAUCGCUUGUGGAUGGUAGAGAAUAUUCUUUGGAUCGGUGCCAACUACUGCUUUGCCAGGCAAUAAUAAAGUGUGCAGACAUCAGCAAUCCUAGUCGGCCGCCUGGCGUCUCGCAUUACUGGGCAAAUGCCCUCAUGGCUGAAUGGGCCUAUCAAGCAUCACUAGAGAAGCGCUGGAGUUUACCGCCAUCCGUCACGCCUUCCAAAUGCCCACUGGACCAAGUCCGAGGACAGAUAUUCUUUAUAGGUUCAUACGCCAAGCCACUCAUGGACCUUGUUGCACAAGCUGUUCCUGAAAUGGAGAUAUUCGCUUGUCAGUGUACUACAAAUUUAGCCAUGUGGGUGGCCCGCAGAGAAGUGCUAUCCUCCGCAUCUGCAGAAGAUUCCCCAGAAGAUCCCCCAUAUCCUCCUGUAGUCACACCAUGCCUUCGCCCUCCCGAAGAUUUCCUCACUUCUUUCCCUCUCACUCUCCCCGCAUUCGUUCUUACAGCUGACGAGCCUCCUGCCUCCGGCGAGUGGCAUUCUGCAUAUCCACCUUCGGACUCCUCAUCGUCAUCAGAUUUUGGUUCUGAUGUUCACGCCGACCACCCGAUUGUAUUCCCAUCCCUUUCGCCCCCUGCGUCUCCUGUGCCAUCCGUAGGCUCGUCUUACCCCCUUGCUACGCGUAGUUCGUCAUCGAGUCUCGCAAGUAAUACUAGCGAUGCUACACAGGCGAUGCGAGCCGCUUAUUCAGCGAGUGUGCGGAAGAAGAAAAGUUUUCAUCACCGGUACUCUUGGAAUGUGACCAUCAGCUCUGGAUCGUCCCCGGGUAUCUCAACACCUCCACCAUUACUUGCCGCUAUUCCCAAAGCUGCACUAUUGCUAACCGAGUCCACUACGUCAAACGGAACUACCGUCACGUCACUCGCUGCGGUGGUGUCAUCCCCCGUAGGUGGUGAGAGCAGCGGAGGGCUGAAGGUCCCAUGAUCUCCCACAGAGGUGCCACAUGGCUCACGCAGCGACCUCAACUUUCGGCACCACAUUUUGCGCAAUGCAUUUGACAUGCGACAAUGACAUGAUUCAUGUCGGGUGGAUACUACCCGGACUCGCCGUGAUUCGCGUCAUCAUUCUUGGGCUGUCGAGCAAUUGCCGAUAAGGGGGGGAUAGACGUAUGAAGCGGGUGUUAACUGUGUUAAUUCACUUAAUUCACCUACGCUCUAUCGAGGUUGGGUCUGUUCGUUUACUCUUCGUGCAUUUGAUCUUCUAUUUCCUUUUUGUUGUUUGGCUUACCGGCCCUAGCUGCCUUGAUUAAUAUACCGGCAGCUUAUACUAUACCACCAUACCAAUGAGGCCACAGCGGAUGUCCACUGUACGAUGUUAUUUGUCAUAAAUUGAUUGAAGAGUUUAAAGAGCGAAAAAUGUUUCGGGCUCACAAUAUC